AUGCGUCCAUACUACGAUCGUAUCGACAUGAUUGUCUCGCAGCAGUCGAUGCCCCCAGAAUAUGAUAACUAUAUUUCACUUAUUCUUUGCAAUGACUGUGAGAAAAAGUCAAACGUGAAGUAUCACUUUCUGUAUCAUAAAUGCCCCUUCUGUAAGGGAUACAAUACGCGGGUCUUGGAGACAGAAGAAAGGGUUGGGAUGGCACUGGAUGAGCAAGAGGAUGAAGAGGAGGAAAUAGGGGAAGAGCUGAAGAUAAUGGAGAAUGGCGGUGAAGUGAGGGGGGUUGAGAUUGGGAUUAGAGUUGGAACGAGAGGGGGGAUGGCAGAAGUAAAUUUGACGGAUGUACCGGAUACAAGUAGCUCAUCAACACCUUCAAGCACGACUCCAUUAUCGUCGACCGCUUCUUUGUCACAAAGUACUUCUCCAUUGGACGACGGCGGAGGAGAGGACGAAACAACGGUGGAAGCGUUACAGAGAGUGCAAGGGUGA